CUCCCCUUUCAGCUUAGCCACUAAUUAACUACUCCUGUAUUCUAGCUAGAGAUUGUUAAGGCUUUCAGACAUGGCCAAUAUUGCAUCUGCUCUCCUAAUUCUUGUGCUUGCCGCUCCAGCAGCUUAUGCUGCUACAACGUACACUGUUGGUGACUCGUCCGGCUGGACCACGUUCGGAGAUUACACCACUUGGGUUAGUGGUAAAACAUUCACUGUUGGUGACUCUCUUCUGUUCAAAUAUAGCUCCACACACACUGUGGCUGAAGUAUCGAAAGACGACUACGAUAGUUGCAGCACAAGUAAUCUCGGGAAAACCUAUACUGAUGGAAGCUCAACAGUACCCUUGUCCACGGCUGGUCCAAUGUACUUCAUUUGCUCCACAUCUGGUCACUGUUCCGGCGGCAUGAAGCUAGCAAUCACCGUUGUCGCAGCCAGUGGCACCCCAAGUACCCCCACCACACCUGCCCCUCCAGUCGACGAUGGUUCAACCACUCCAUCAACUACAUCUGGCUCGCCACCUACAGCCCCAUCAACCCCCGUCACACCACCACCACCAUCGAAGGCUGAUAAUGGAGCCACCAGCAUUUUAUAUAACAUGAUGCUUGGUGUCUUUCUUGUAUUCGGAACAACUGUUGCAUUGAUGGGCCAGUGAAGAGGCAGUGCCAUAUUAUCGUUGUUAAUGUCCUUGUUAUCAUUGGGUUGAAGGUGGUUUUUUUCAAUUUUUAUUGGAUGAGGGAUGUGAAAUUUAUGUUUAUUUAUAUAUAAUGUUCUUGAAUAAUUAAUUUUUAUUUAUAAGCUCCA